AUGGUCCAUCUGAUAGCUGAACUGACAUGUUGCUCUCUGGCACCAGCUCUCCUUUCAGGCAUUUGGGACAUGAGCAAGGUCAUGACGUCGGCUGACCAGUACCAGCAAAUGAUCAAAGAUUCAAAGUGCACUCGUUGGGACUUUGGACCAGAACUCUUGCUAAAGGUUCGGCAAAUGAUCGAAUGGUCAAAAGACGAUACUUAUCGGGAUUCAUUCUACACGCGCAAGGACCUGUUUCGACUCGAAAGUUCAACUGUCCAAGUCCUCGGGGUGCUUUCGGGCAGGCAAUACAAAUCUUGUCUUCAUAAAGCGGUUAGGCUCUUUCAGGUCGAUGCAGAAGAUCCCUUCUGGAAACCUGCAGUGGUCAACUUCAAACUGCUGAAGAGGGAUUCGAAUCGAAAGAAGAAGACAAGGCUCAUGCGUGAUGGGCCAACAUCGAAAAUGAUCUCCAGUGGACAAUCACGGCUGGCGACAUUGGCAGCCGACUCGUACAAUCAGCUGCACAAGUUUACUGUCAUGGGCGAACCACAAGCUGAAACUGGCAAUAGGGAGGACGACAUGCUGGCUUCAAUGUCUAAUGCCGGCAAGUACAUCAUUGGGAAAAUUCGGUGCCUCAAGGCAGGCGCGUCACAGACAACCGGGUCCAACUCACGUGCGGGGAACGGCUUCUUGGUAAUUCAAAGGCGGAUCUGGGAAACACUUCUUUGUAUCCUCAUGAUGCAGCAGUCUCGUUUUCUGGAGGAAUGCGCAACGCUGAAGGCAGGCCACAUUCGCGAAGAUGAGGUCGCCAAGCUGACAGAGGACAUGGUAGCCAACGACCGCGGACGAUCAAUCUUCGACAAAGCUGGAUGGUGGCAUUGCCUCUAUAACAACAGUGCAUACAAUCAGAAGGAUGUUUGGUCUCUGGUAAUGCUCGCUCACGCUAGACACGAAUACUUGUACACGGAUGGACGAUACGCUCUCAGGGCCCCCGAGUCCACCCCUUGGUACACAACCGACAGCUUCAUCCGUUUCGUACUCCGCUCGGCUAAUGUCACCCAAAGUGAUCCCUUCAAGAUGGACUGGGACAUUGCUCCCCGAACUUUCAACAAGGAGUGCAACUUGCCCGGUCGAUCGCUCAACCUGGAUGGUAAUCCGGCUCCGCCAAUGACUUUGCAGGAGGCACAGGAGGAGGAGGUUCGCCAAAUCACAGAGACGGUUAGAUCUGCUUGGGACCCCGCGGUGGCACAGCAUCUCAUCACAUUGGACGAAGCAGAGCUGAGUCCAGAUGUCUCAGCGGCUGAUGCAAUGCGUGGCCUCAGCAUUGAUCAAUCUCAGCCGGCUCAGGGGACUUCUGAAGCGCAAAGACCACCAGAGUCCCAGAAGGAUAAAGCACUCAUGCCACCACCAAACGCCCAGCCAUCAUCAGCGGCGAACAAAGAUAAUUCAGCUCCCCCCAGCAGUGAUCGGUCUGACUCGCCCAUCCCCCGCCGCAUAAAGAAAAAGGCACCCAGGCAACCCUCAACCCCUCCAAGCGAGCCUCAAGAUUCCUCAGUUUGUUCAGGAAAGAAUAGACAACCGACGCCUACACAGGACUCUGACGAUGAAGAAGAAGACGAAGAUGAAGAGGAAGACGAAGACGGAGACGAAAGCGCAGAGGAGAGAAACCGCAGGAGGAAAAGAGCCCAAGAUGGCCAAGGGGGUUGA